CCUCGUACCCCUCUACUAAGAUAUAUUUGCGGGGACCCAUCUCGCAGUCCAAAAUUCCUACCAAGAGACUCGCUAUGGCACCACAAGAAACCGAAGUCAUAUCUGCCUUGAACUUGCUCCGCAAUACUCCCAGUGACAUUCUCAAUGCUCAUCGUCAUCUAGCACUUCAGACUUUGGGUCAACUUGGACGCUUGCUCAAUGCUAGCUGGAAUGAAAGCGAACACCUUUCACAUAGCAUUGAUAUGGAACACGGCGAUGGAUCUUCGGAAAAUGCCAUCAUUCCUAGGACCGUGGUCUUCCAAACAGAAGCUUCUUCGGAAAUUACAGACCUACCUAUUCAUGAAAAAGAUUCUAUCAACUUACCCUUCACCUUACCGGGCCCAGAACCCGCUGUAUUGUCGAAGACAAACUCUUCGGAAAACACAACGAGAAAACGAAAACGAGACACCAUCCGAGAAUCUCCUUCUGCCAAACUCAUCGGACUGGUGAAAAAGCGACUCCCUUGUAUUUUGCAAUUUUGCAAGUCCAAAGCUUCUCUUUCUGACAUCCUCCAAAACGAACAAGAGCUACAGUUCGCAGAUAAAAGAGUUGAUCAUUUGAAACAAGUUGACGGCAAUAAAACACCAAGCGAAGAACAGAAGCUUCUGAAGGGUCUAAGUCAAUUAUCUCUGGCUGAACAAUUCACUGCCUGGGAGACUGAGAAUGGUUGGAAGUCUAGAGUGGACACCCUAUACGACGAGAUCCGAGUCGCUAGGACCGAAGGCCGAAACGGAACUGGCAGUGCCAGAUGCGCUGGAAAAAUGACUCGAUUCGUCAGGGAGCAUGGAUAUCCUCAAUCAGAUCAUAACGUCGUCCGGAAGGGAAUCCAAAGAGGGAUCACUCAGCUUCUAUUCUUGAGGUCAAUGGAGGAAGUCUCCACCACGCCUAUCCAAAAAAGAGCCGCCCGGGGAAUACUUGCUCUGGUAACAAUUUUUGAAGCCGCUUCGUUCCAAAGUAUCUCAUAUCUGGAACUACAUGCGCUGGGAGAAGCCUUACUUAAAGGCCAUGAAGGGGAUGACACCCUUGUGUUGGAGCAUGACGUUUCGAAAUGGUUCGAAAACAUGACCGGAGAUUUCGAAAUGGUCUCGCAAACAACGAAACGGGGACGACGAGACCCGCUACAGACUACGCAUGCCCCUUCUCAUGGUCCCAGCAUAAACUCUCAUGAACUCACGACCUUCUCCACCCUUCCUCGAGUCGAAUCGAACAGCCGGAGAAUGCCAUUACAUCCUUCACUGAUUGAGUUCCAGGCUAGGCCAGGCGAGGCUGGCAUGUUGCCAAACGCAGGGUCACACGAUUUGGCUCAAUUCUCUAGAAAUACAAGUAAUGCUAAUUGCGUCUUGACUGGGAACUCCAAUCCAUGCAGUGAGUCACACGAGCUCAGUCUAUUUUCCAGGGGUCCCUCCAGUGUUUCAGCUCAGUCACAAUUGCCUCAUCCACCGCUGUGUUCUCCAUUUCCCGGUGAUGUUUCGAGGCCGCUUCCAACCCUUCGAUCAGCACCAAGUCCUACCCCACAUGAGGGUUCUUCCUUCCCCACUAUUCCCGCAUAAUAAUCCUACAACCCGUCCGCUAGAGCAAGAUGAAAAGUA